CCCGAGCCCGCCCCUAAAGCUCGCCAGGCUCCGGCGCGCGCGGAGAGAGCCGCGCCGGUGGGCUGGGCGCCUUGGGGGGCAGCUUUGGCGCGCUCCGAGCUUGUCCUGCCGGCCGCUUUCGAUGUCUCUUUCUGGCCGACCGGGGUCUUCCCUUCUCGCCCGCGACCCCCAGAGAAAACAGGCGGGUCGCCCUCCGCGCUGUAAUUGACUCGCCUUUUUACUCGGGUGCUUGAGGGACCGGAGCGGAGAAGUCAAGCCGAGUUAGCAAAGACGAGCGGUUCUUUAGUUAAGAGGCGCGCAGCUUCCGACUGAUCCUGUCUGUGGUCUAACCUGGAGGGGAGCUGAAGAACGGGCCACCUUUGCGCUUCGGGGCAGCAACGCUGCCGGGGCCAAAAGUUCUCGACGUAUUAAAUACACGGAUGGCGCGCUGGGCUCUUUUGAAAAUCGGAACUUCGCACGUACGUGUACGAACAUAUUCCGAGGCUUGCCAGGAGCGUGCUUAAUCCUGGACUUGAAAGUGUGUGGGACUUACUUGCACGCCUGCUGAUUGUGGAAGACAUUUCAUUCUACGUAGGAGAAGAAUUUUGUCCGGCUUCUGAAUGAGUGCAUAUAGAAUCAUGCCACUUUGGCAUUCUGAUAGAAAAAUCCACGAAUGAAAUUGCCAUUAUGUCAUUCAGGGAGACUGACGCAGAUAUAAAAGCCUUUUUAGUCAGCAUCAACUUGGGACAGUACCUCACAAACUUUAAUGACUUUGGCUAUAACACUUUGCAAGAGUGCGUGGGAAUCGACGACAGUGUGCUUCAACACAUUGGAAUAUCACCUACGGGGCACCGCAGACGAAUUCUCAAGAACUUGGAGGCCACGUUUACAAAAAUGCCAGAAACAGCUGCAUCAAGUAAGAGCCACUAUUCCAGGCAGCUUCUCAAUCCAAACAAGAAUGAAGCAACUGGCUGGCCAUCUGAUGAACAGACCAAUACAGCUUGUGGCAAUAACUGUGAAAAAAAUCCAGAAUACCCAUCCCAUGUCUCACUGGGAAUCAGAAGUAGUACAGUUUUGGAUUCGGACUCUGCCGACUCAUUUUGUCCAGACUUGUUGACAGAUCCUGCCAUUGUUGCAGGAAAUGCACUGAAAAAUGUGAUGUUUGAGAAGAUAUCUUGUAUGGAUAAUUAUCUUAAGCAAGGACAGCCAGAAGCUUUUGAGUUUCAGCUUAAUGCCACACCCAAAGAAGGAUCUCUGUCUUUUGCUUCCCCUCCCUCUGAGAAGAAAACGAGUGAGGAGGAUCAUCAGCUCUUAUCAGGGUUGGAAAGUUUGCUUGGUGAUUUGCAGGAGACACCGUUCUUUGAGUUCAAAGGUGAAAUGGUGGACAAUGAUUUGUAUGAUACUUGUACCCAGAGUCCAUCAAGAGUAGGCCCUAGACCAACACGAUCUUUCAUGCUUCGGCACCGUCCUGUUCCAGAAAUACCAGAUGUUUCCUCAGUGGCAGCUUCAAAUAGCUCCCCGCAAGAAAGAAGAAGCACAAAUGCUCUAAGUAUCCAUUGUUCCGAGAGUUGUAUUUCCAAAAACAGAGAUGUAGCUGAAGAAAAGCCACCCCCCAUUUCUCCAUAUGGAGAGACCUUCCUUAUGAAUUCUUCUGAAGACAUGGAAAUCUUCAGCAAGGAACCUUCAGAUAUAUCAGAAGAGAAGAAAGAGAACAAAAGUACUCUGAGCAAAACAGGUUUGCCUACUAGUAAUCAAAAUCAGAAAGCCUCUGAAAAUGUAAAAGACACAGAAUUGGCGUCCCAAAGAGACAGAAGUGCCUUUCCAAACAAAUUUGUCGGUGAAGCGGAGUCCUCCUUGAUGAAAGAAUGCUCUCGAUAUGCUUGGAGAGGAAAAUAUAAACCGUCAAAGGGGCUCGGAGAGUUCAGAAGUGGGAAUCUGGAUCUUGAGGCUAAAGACCAGAUGUUUUCUCCCCAGGCUGCUUGUGGUGAUGAAUUGGUCAGUGACUCCAAAGACACAAUUACACCUUAUGCCUGCUUUUAUGCCCCAGCAGCAAAGAAGAUUAAAGAAGGUUGGCUGGAUAAACUCUCUCCUCAAGGGAAGCAUGUGUUUCAGAAACGCUGGGUGAAAUUUGAUGGCGAAAACAUGUCUUACUAUAAUAAUGACAAGGACAUCUAUUCCAAGGGCAUAAUUCUUCUCUCUGCGAUAGCUACAGUCCGAAUGCAUGGAGACAACAAGUUUGAAGUGGUGACAGCACACAGAAUAUUUGUCUUCAGGGCUGAAAAGGAAGAUGAACGAAAUGACUGGGUAGCGACCAUCUUUAGCGCUCUGCGGUGCCUGCCUGAAAUUUCUCGAGUACGAACGGCCGUUCCACCAGAGAAAAGUGGGUAUCUGGAAUUGAAAGGAUACAAAGCCAAAGUCUUUACCCUGCUGCAAGGGAACAGCGUGUGGAUUUGCAAAAGCAAUCAGGAUUUUAAGUCUGGCUAUGGCAUUACAAUCAUACCUAUGAACGUGGCUAAUGUGAAGCAGAUAGAUCGCACAGCAAAACAGUGUUUCGAAAUAAUUACACCUUAUCGAAGCUUUAGCUUUACUGCAGAAUCUGAGAAAGAAAAGCAGGAUUGGAUUGAAGUGCUGCAGCAGUCCAUUGCAGAAACUCUCUCUGACUAUGAAGUAGCUGAGAAGAUCUGGUUCAAUGAAUCGAACAGGACUUGUGCUGAUUGUAAAGCUCCUGAUCCUGACUGGGCAUCCAUCAAUCUCUGUGUCAUCAUUUGCAAGAAGUGUGCAGGGCAGCACAGAUCGUUAGGACCCAGAGAUUCAAAGGUCCGGAGUCUCAAAAUGGAUGCCAGCAUUUGGACCAAUGAACUCAUUGAGGUAGGAAAGGAUUGAGGUGGAAAAAGAAGAGCAGGAGAAGUCACCUAUUACUUGGAAAUUCAUGGCAUUUAAAUGCACAUUUCACAACAACUUGAAAUCAUUUGAUAGUAACUAGCUAGUUAUAAUGUUCAUCUUUCUUCCAUCUUUUGUUUUCAUUAAAUUAUUUUUUAAGGUUAAGCCUUUUCAAGAUGGCUUUGAUGGGACAUAAAUAUUAACUAUGGAAAAGUUUUUUUUUUUGUUCUUUUUUAUUGGACA